UAUCAGCGCGGCUGAAAAUUUUUUGUUGAAAAUUGAAAAAUUGAAAUGAAAUAAUUUAAAUUUAAAUGCACCUUUCAAAUUGUUUCUCCAAGUAAUAUUACUAUACGUCGUUUUAAUGUUAGAAUCCCACUUUUCAUUCUCAUAUUUUGAUACCUACCUAGUAUAAGUAUAAUUGAUUUUAACUUAUGGGAAAUCUUUGUGAAAUCAUGAGCAAUUCAGCAAAAAAAUUGCAUCAGGAAUGAAUUCGGAUUUAGGAAGACUAUGAAAAAUUUGAUGUCGGACUCUGUGCUGUAUUUUUUUUUUUUAGUUGUAUGCUAAGUCGUAGCGCAGCUUUCAAAUAUCUGAAUCAAAAUCUGUUUCAUCUCUCAUCAUCAAAUUUUCUUGUAUCGAAUAGAAGCUUGCACUCCGUGAUGAAAUUUCCGCCUAUAGCACGUUUAUCGCCUAGAAUACAUCGCGAGUCCAUAGUGCUCUCCAGAAAGCUCGCAAAUAUUCCUGCUAAACCAACGAUUUUGGGCAUCGAAUCUAGUUGCGAUGAUACUGCGGCUGCGAUUGUGAACGCUGAAGGAUCAGUCCUCGGAGAACACUUGAUUUCACAGAGUGAUGCUGUAUUAAGGCACGGUGGUGUCUUGCCUCUCAUCGCAAGAGAUCUUCAUCGAAAAAACAUUCAUUCUGUCGUUGAGCAUACGUUCGAAAAAGCUAAUAUGUCGAUACAUGAUGUCGACGCGAUUGCAGUUACUGUUAAACCAGGUCUUGUUAUGUCAAUUAUGGUCGGUAUGGAAUAUGCCAAAGAAUUAUGUAAAAAUCACAAUAAAUUACUUAUACCAGUUCAUCAUAUGAAAGCGCAUGCUCUAACUGUCAGAUUGUCUAAUAGAAACGUCCAGUUCCCAUUCUUGACAUUUUUAAUCUCUGGUGGACAUUGUAUUUUAGCUAUCGCCAACUCCGUUGAUAAUUUCUCCAUUUUGGGGCAAACUUUAGAUGAUGCUCCGGGUGAAGCAUUCGAUAAAAUAGCAAGAAGAUUAAAAGCUCAUAAUAUAUCGAAAUGUCGAAAUUCCAGCGGUGGAGCUAUCAUCGAAGAAUUGGCUGAAGGUGGUAACCCCACGGCGUUUCAAUUCACUGAACCAUUGCAACAGUACAGAGAUUGUAAUUUCAGUUUCAGCGGUAUGAAAACUCAGGCGUUGAGAUAUAUAGAAAAAGAAGAAAAAAAAUUUGAAACAGAACCUGAUGAAACGAUCGAAUCAAUCAGUGAUUUCUGUGCUAGUUUCCAAAUGGCGGUUUCGUUGCAUUUAUGUCGCAGGUUGCAAAGAGCAAUGGAAUUUGUACAGCUUCAUCAUUUACUUCCCGCGAAUAAUCUUCAGCUAGUAGUAUCUGGCGGAACAGCAUCCAAUAAGUAUAUACGAAGAGCUUUCGAAAUUGUAUGUUCUGAAAAGGGUUAUACUUUAUACGUCCCUUCUUCGAGAUAUUGUACUGAUAACGGAAUUAUGAUAGCGUGGAAUGGAGUUGAAAAAUACUUGAAUAACAUCGAUCUACUUCCCGCAGAUAAAAUUGAUGACAUCGAAGCAGAACCUAGAUGUCCUUUGGGCGAAGAUCUGACUGAAUUAGUCGUGAAAGCUAAUAUCAAAUGUGCCUGGAUCAAAGUGGCGAAAAAACUUAUUGCAAAUGACAAUACUUUGAUCCAAACGUGAUUUAGAAUAUUAAUUUCAAGAUGCAAACUUACGAGCGAAUAAAAUUUAUACAACCGAG